GACAGUACAUGUCAAGUUAGGCCGACCGCACAGUAAUAAUAAAUUUACAAAGUUUUAGCUUAAUUUUCCGGAAAAUUUGAUGGAAAAUGGCAACGGCACUAUUUAAAUACGGAAAAUCGGCAUUUAGUUUCGUACAACAAGCCCACCGUCAAAUAUGUUCAUCCAGUGCGUUGUAUCUUAAGCAAAUAAACGUCAAAGAGGAACCAGGUUCAAUAACCAUAUCCGGCGAAUACGUACAAUCACCGAAUGAAAGUAACCUUCUGGCAGAGGUGAAAGAGGAAAAUUUCUGUCCGAAAUGUACUCUCGGACUAGAAAUCAAACAUACAGACGUGUUGAUUCUGAGUCAAUAUUUACGCUCUGACGGAUGCAUGCUGCCGCGUCGCAUUACCGGUCUUUGCAAAAUUCAGCAGAAACACAUCGGAAAAAUGGUCACGAUGGCACAAAAAUCAGGUUUAAUGCCAAAUAUUGCUCCAGCGUGGAGUAAACGUGAUCCGAAACGACGAGCCAAUUGGAAGAAAUACAACAAAUAUUUUGAUGAGAGAACGAUUACGUAUUGCAAAAGAGUUAUUGAGUAAAUAUUUAUUACGAAUCGUUGGAUGAAAUCAGUUCAAAUAAAUGUUAGAUAACUGCGACG